CCGCCCCCUCCUCCCCCUGCAGUGAACUUUGGAGCCCUGCAGCGCGUGAGCUAGGCGCCGGGCACUGGGUGGCCCCAAGGGCUGGGAGGCCAGGUCCGGGGUUCUGGGCUCCAUGAGGAGACAGCCGUGGGUUUCUCUUUCCAGUGGACCAACAUUUUAGCGUCCUAGAAGGGGGACCCCAUUCCCGAGGAACUCUAUGAGAUGCUGAGUGACCGCUCCAUCCGCUCCUUCGACGACCUUCAGCGUCUGCUGCAUGGAGACUCCGUAGAUGAAAAUGGGGCUGAGCUGGACCUGAACAUGACCCAAGCACACUCUGGAGGCGAGCCGGAAAGCUCAGCUAGAGGAAGGAGGAGCCUAGGUCCCCUGGCAGCCGCAGAGCCCGCGGUAAUCGCCGAGUGCAAGACGCGCACAGAGGUGUUCCAGAUCUCGCGGAACCUCAUCGAUCGCACCAACGCCAACUUCCUGGUGUGGCCGCCCUGCGUGGAGGUGCAGCGCUGCUCGGGCUGCUGCAACAACCGCAACGUGCAGUGCCGGGCCUCGCAGGUGCAGAUGCGGCCGGUGCAGGUGAGAAAGAUUGAGAUUGUGCGGAAGAAACCGAUCUUCAAGAAGGCCACAGUGACCCUGGAGGACCACCUGGCCUGCAAGUGUGAGACAGUAGUGACCCCUCGGCCUGUGACUCGAAGUCCUGGGACAUCCCGGGAGCAGCGAGCCAAGACGCCUCAAACUCGGGUGACCGUCCGGACGGUGCGCGUCCGCCGGCCCCUCAAAGGGAAGCAUCGAAAAUUUAAACACACACAUGACAAGGAGGCAUUGAAGGAGACCCUCGGGGCCUAGGGGCAUCGGCAAGCGUGUGGGCAGGGUUAUUUAAUAUGGUAUUUGCUGUAUCGCCCCCAUGGGGUCCUUGGAGUGAUAAUGUUGUUCCCCCCCGUCCGUCUGUCUCGAUGCCUGAUUCGGACGGCCAAUGGUGCUUCCUCACCCCGCGGCGGCGGCAUGCCCGGCCACCUCCACCAGCAGCAGCCCUUCAGCCUGCCCUGUGGCUCCAGAAGCGAACAAGGGACUCCAUUCCAUGCUGCUUCUUCCCGUGGCCCCAAGAACCUGGGUCAAGUGUGCAGGAGCCUCAGGGGGGGGCUUGGCCUGAGGACCUCUGCAUGUCCUGCCUGGUUCCUGGACCCCUGGCCAGCCAGCAGGGAACACUUUCAGGCAGGCUAGGGUCCCUUGUAGUCCCGUGGCCAAGACCACAUGGGGGAACACAGACGAGAGGAGCCCUCAUGGCACCCAGAUCUGCCACUCAUCUCUCCCUGUCCCCUCAGCCCGAAGUGGCAUUUCAUUUCCUAAGUAUGAAAUCGUGGAAGAUAUGAACUCCUCUGGGCAGGUGGCCUCACACACGCCUUCUCUGAUGGAUUGGAGGUGCAGUGUGCUUGUGACCUGGGCCACGCCCCCUGCCUCUCUCCACCUCCCCUACGUUCACUUCUGUUCAUUUCUCUACCUCCACUCCAUGUCUUCUUCCUCACGUACCCUUCAGUCUGCUCCACCGUGGGGUGCUUGGAUCCUGACGGAGGCUCUGAAGAACCCUGUCGUUCUUCCUUAGGACAGGAGCCCUGCCUGUCACAUCCCGCACUAGCCAAGACUGCCGAGGAAGGCUGUGUGGGAUGCGUGUGUCGCCCAUGGGCACUGCAUGUGGAGGAUCCUGUUCACACCCUACAUACGGCCCAUUUGUCUAUUUAUUGGGACUCUCUGGCAGAUGUAGGUCAAGCCUCCGAGGAAAGGAAGCCUUGUGUUCCUUCGUACCCAGGCCCUGUGUGGACUGGCUGUGUGUGCCCUGACCAAGCCUGAAGCUCGGAAGGAGCUCGUGGUGCUGGGGAAAUAGCGCACUCCAUGGCCUGUUGCCUCCACUUCCCCAGCCUCCGCUUCAGCUGUCCCGGAUGGGACGCCAGGUCAUCCCCAAGGGAGGGCCAGGCAGCCCCUGUUGCCCUCUCCUCUGCCUACACAUUACCCCUCAGAUCUCUGGUGGUUUUACCUGGUGGCUUCUUCCAGGAAGCUAGCGGGUAGACUGGAAGUGGGAGAGAGGGAGAACCCUAGAGCCCUCAGGAGGACUGGGGUUGACGCACCCACCUUUCCCCCCUCCCCCUCCCCCGCACUCUUCCCUCCCCCUCCCAGGUCCACUUCCUUCAGUUUGUAAAGUUGGUGAUUAUAUUUUUGGGGGCUUUCUUUUUAUUUUUUAAAUGUAAAGUUUAUUUAUAUUCCGUAUUUAAAGUUGUAAAAAAGAAAAAAAAAAAAAGGAAAAGAAAAA